AUGCCAGAUAUUCCAGCUGCUGCCACGGACGCAACUGAUCCUGAUUGCGGCGCCAAAAUUAAAACUAUAUCACCUACAAAUGCAGUUGGACAGCUGCUCUUCACUUCAAACGCCUUCCCGCAUAAAACGGUUGCUGAGUACAUACGUCUGUCAGACGAUAAUGUGGACGCGGCUGUGGAUUGCCUGGUUGGACUCGCAGAGGAGAUAAACGCAUGCAUUUCAGUGCUUACCUCUUCGCAACCACAGCAAGUGAAUCCAGAAAUUCUAACUCCACUUUUAGACGGUCUAAUCGAAGCGGCCAUCAGUUCACGGGCACUUGUCCUGAUUGACGGUUUCGAUACCCCACCAGCGCGAGAUAUCAGCAAACGCCUCUGGAUGAAUCAGUUUGUGAAGAGCCUGGGUGCUUCAAAGUAUGAAACCGUCGAUUGGGCAGCCAUUGUCCCCUGGGGGGACGUGAAUGAUCGCGAUAUGCUUGAGUGCCAGGUGGGUGCCGUUUACGGCUUGCUAGAAUUUCCUGCUCAAAUGUUGGUAUUUAUUAUUGCAAUGUGCUUGUUAGUCAAGAGAUUGUUGGAUCUUACCCAAGAGAUUCAGAGAUUCUCCCCGAAAACUGCAGUUCUUAUAAUAAACGGUCUAUAA